AUCUUGCUUCAUUCACAUAUCCAUUGCUACGUGUUGGGGAGUGCUUUAUACUGCAGGGUGGUGGCUGACGUAAAGGGAGUGUUGUAGUUACGUUGACAGCCAUUACUUGAAGCAGCGGUAUCUAUUCGAAUUCAUAAUAGUUGGUUUAUUGUGAGAUGCUGCGCCUUUGCACCUUUGUUGACAUGGAGAUGUGUGAUAGAUGCCCAGUGAGGACAAGCGAAAACAGGACCAGUCUGGCCCAGGCACUCACAAGAGACUGCGAAAUAAUGAACAGAACAACAACACCGUUGAUGAUCCCUCUCCAGACUUUUCUGUGGACAUCACUGAUGAAGGUAUUAGUAAGUGUGGUGUCUUAAAGUGGGUCACUGUCAAGAACUUCAUGUGUCAUGACCAUCUCAAGUUUGAAUUCUCUCCACACAUCAACUUUGUGCAGGGAAGGAAUGGAAGUGGGAAGAGUGCCAUCCUUACUGCUGUGGUGAUUGGCCUUGGAGGAAUGGCACGCUGGACCAAUCGAGGAAACAACUUGAGAGACUUAAUAAAGCAUGGCAAACAUAUUGCUGUAAUAGAAAUUGGCAUCAAUAAUUCUGGAUGCAAUGCGUUCAAGCCUGAAUCGUAUGGAAACACUAUCAUCGUGGAGCGAAGGAUAUCUCUCUCAGCAGCUACAUCAUACAAAGUUAAAGCUUGUGAUGGAAAAGUGGUGUCAGUCAAGAAGGAUGAACUGUCAAGGAUGCUGGAACACUUCAAUCUGCAGGUGGACAAUCCAGUAACAAUACUUAAUCAGGACAUGUCACGCUCCUUCUUCAACACAACUGAACCAAAGAUGCUCUUCAAGCUCUUCCUGAAGGCUACGCAGCUGCAACAAAUGAAAGAUGACUAUGCUGAUCUGGAGAGAAACAUUGAGAGCUCCUUGAGAACUAUUGAAUGUCGUAAAGAGUGCCUCCCUGAUUUGGAGAAAGAGGUGGAGGAACAGCGUAUCCACUAUCAGUUCAGUUUAUCCCUUAGAGAAAAAGGAAAUAGGCUGAAAGAACUACGCCAUGAAUUGGCUUGGGCAAAAAUUAUUAAUCUUGAGCAAGAGAAAGCGAAGGCAGAAAAAGACUUGGAGAAUCAUACAAAAGCUAGGAAAGAAAUCCAAGAGAAGAUAGAAGAGCUCCAGAAGGUUCUAGAACAGGAAACGGAAGUGAGAGAAAGAAAUACCAAACUUUUGGAGGAGGCCACCAGCCAUUUGACAACAGUCUCCAAGGAAGUGAGAGAGGUAGAUAGAAAAAUGAGGAAAAUAAGGAAUGAGUUGAAAGAGAAACAGUCUCAGUUUAACACUACAGAGAAAAAAGUUCGCACAUUGGCUUCAGAAAUUUCUACAUUGCGGUCUGCCAUUGAAAAGGAUAAUGAUGGAGCAAAGAGUCGAUGGGCAGCAGUACGAGCUGAAUGGCAGAGGAAGAUGAACAUAGUUGAGGAUGAGAUUAAAGAAUUAAUGGAGAACCUCAAGACGGAAAACACUCAUUUUGAUAACCUACAACACACAUUGGAUUUAAAAAAGUCAGAGAAGACACAUCUGGACUUGGAGGAAAAAGCAUUGUCCAAGCAAUUAAAUGGACUUGAAAGGGAACUUAAAGGUCUUCAGGGCCAGAAAGGAAGUCAUCUCACUGUGUAUGGUCAAUGGGUACCUCAACUGUUGGAGAAGAUUUUACAUGCACAUUCAAAUGGAUUGUUCAUCAAGAAACCUGUAGGACCUAUGGGAGCCUUCAUUAAAGUGAGAGACACUAAAUGGGCUCAUGUGGCAGAACGUGUGCUGGGAAAGAGAAUCACAAGCUUCUGUGUUGAUAACCAGAAAGAUGAAAAAGUCCUUAGGGAGUUGAUGAAAAGCAUUACCUUUGAUCAACAGUCCAUGCCAAUCGUGUCUGUGUCCAAGUUCAGAGACAAGGUUCUUGAUGUGUCUAGGUUUGAGACAUCUUCUUCUAAAUACUCUUCCCUGUGGUCCAUUCUUGAUAUUUCUGACACUGUGGUGGCCAAUACGGUCAUUGACCAAAUGCAAGUUGAGUCAAUCCUCCUCAUUCCUACUGCACAAGAGGCUGGCAGGCUGCUGAAGGAUAGAUCAAAGGUACCAAGGAAUUGUAAAUGUGCAUACACACUCAACCUGGACCAGUACUACCCUGAUCCCAACUACCGGGUGUACUCUGGCAGGGGGUCUCACCGUGCCAGAUUCCUGCAGGUCUCUGUGGAAGACAAAAUAAAAGAUAUCAUGAAGAACAAGGAAGAGUGCAAAGAAAGGCUGAUGUUACUGCUUGCCCAUGAGAUUAAAGAAUCACAGGUUGAAAUAAAAAGUUUGCAAGAAAAAAUCGGCAUGUCCAAUAAGAAGACCCAAGCAUACAAGAGGAAAUUGGAGACUCUCCGCAUGAAAGUCGCAGACCUUCAAAACGAAGAGGCUCCAGCCCCUCCUGACAUUGCACAGUUAGAAGAGGAUGUGAGGCAGCAAGAAAUAAACAUGGAAAAUGUCAAAGCUAAAAUGGAGGAGAUUCGUAAAUCUUCGCUUGAAAAAAAACAAGAAUUUAGUAAUUUCAGUGGAGCUCUAUUGGAGUUGAGACAAAAGGAAAAGCAUGCCUAUAAAGAAGUUGAGAAAUGUAAGAGGGCAUUAGAAGAGGCCUGUGCUAAUGCUGCCAUAUUAGAAAUUCAGAGCUGUAAAAAGAAGGAUAAAGAUCUCAAGAUGAAGAAGAAACAUCUUGAAAAGUCAUUGACUAGUGCAACAGAAACUUUGGAGAAAGCAAUGAAAAGUGCAGAUGCAUUUAAUCUCGGAGCACGCAUAGAGACAAAAAAGAGUGUAAAAGAGCUGGAGCGCCAGUACACCAGCUUACAAGCCAGGCUUGACAAGGAAAGAGCUACCUCUGGGGACCCAAUAACUAUUGCCGAGAGAUAUGUGGCUACAAAACAAAGAUACAAACAGGUUUCAGAAGAUUUGAAUAAACACAUUAGUUUAAUGAAGAAACUACAAGAGAGCCUACAGAUGAGAGAGGCAAACUGUAUGCGUCUUCACAAGUGGCUAGCAGUAAUCGUUAAAUAUUUCUUCAAGGAACACUUGUCAGUACGAAAGCUGGAUGGCUCAAUUUCCAUCAAUAUACAAGAACAAACUCUCAACAUCCAUGUGGAGAAGCCAAAUGUUUGCCAUACUUCACCUGUAAAGAAUCAAGUAACUCCCAAACAACUCAAGAAGUCUAAAGGACACCAGGACCUAGUCAUGAUGUCUGGAGGUGAACGUUCAUUUGCAACAGUGGCCUUCAUCAUUGCUCUUUGGCAUGCAAUAGUGUCACCUGUACGCAUCCUAGAUGAAUUUGAUGUAUUCAUGGAUGUGAUUGCCAGGAAUCAUGCAAUGAAGAUGAUGAUCAGUGCAGCAAAACAAGAUACCCAGUACAUCUUCCUCACUCCACUCAACUUGGAUACAAGCAAGCUUCGCAACUGUCAGUUCUUCAGGAUGCCAGAUCACACUGACCAGUCCCAAGAUGGCUGAGGACCCACCAGUCUUGGAUGCUUUUUGUUUUUAUAUCAUGUGAUAUCCUGGCAGUACAGGAGGUCUGCUGGUUUAAUCUCUACACAAGUUGGUCUUGGUCCAUAUCUUUUUUACUCUGAAAGUGCUGGACAUGUUAUGGAGAGCAGGUGUGAAUUUUGUAACCUUACUGUUGCAAGAGGGAGUGACUUGCAGUUCUUCCUUCCUGUGUGUGUGUGUGUGUGUGUGUGUGUUUUGUACAAUACAAUACAGCAAAAAACAUGUAUGGUCAGCAACACUCAUGAUUAGAACUUCCGCCAAUGUGAGCAUCACGUUGCACACACUGGCAACUUGCCCCCUUCUCCAUCUAAAAAAUCUGCCAGGAGAAAAUAACUAUAACAACUUAGGUUAGCCUCUCAUAUAUUUUUUGGGAAAGCAUAGAGUAACAGAUUCAUUGUUUGAUAUAUUGACAUAGUGACCGCUCUUUGUUUUGGCUAACAGAACAGCUGUGUUUGUUUGAAAGUGUUCUACUGUGAUGACAUGCAAUGCCUGGAAAACAAACGGUCAUGAUUACAUAGUACAAGUGUUAAGGUUCCACUAUAAUGGUGAAACAAAUUUAAAACUGCCACAUAACUAUUGGCAGUGAAACAACUAAGUGUGUUGGUGAAGAAAUUUUGUGAUGGGGGACACUAGGAUGUGCCUCACCACAAAUAUGGCACGAUAGUGGGGGUCCCCACACCCCCCCCCUUUUUUUUGGGGGGGGGAUAGAGGUUGUAGCUUUAAAUGUCUCUUCAUACCAUUCAAGAUGUCAAACAUUUUAGGGCACCCAUACUGCCAUGUUUAUGGUGAGGCACAUCCUCAUGCCCUUCAUCGCUCCAUUUCUUCACCAAUGCACUUAGUCUUUUCAUUGCCAAUAGCUAUGUGGCAUAGUUUUACAUUUGUUUCACCAUUCUAGUGAAACCUUAAUUCUCAUACUAUGUAAUCAUGGCCUGAAUAUUUUCCAGGCAUCGCACAUCAUCUCAGUAGAACAUGUUUAAAACAAACACAGCUGUUUUAUUAGCCAAAACAAAGAGCAGUCACAAAAGAUAACUUUCCCUCUUGUCAGUAUGUCAAACAGUGAAUCAGUCAUUCUGUGCUUUCAAAAAGGCUAAGUUGCCAUGUAGUUAUUUUCUCCCAACAGAUUUUUUCAGACUGAGAAGGGACAAGGUGCCAGUUUGUUCAAUGUGACGCUCACAUUGGCGGAGUUCUAAUUGUCAGUGUUGCUGACUGUACACCACAUUCUAGUGUAAAAUGGAAUACAUGAAAAGAAAAAGCAAUGAAAUGCACCUGUUACAGCAGUACAACACUCCCAUCCAUUGAUUAUUUGUGAAUAAAGUGUCCUAGAGACUUGGAGACUUAGAAUUUCUGUGCAUUCCAUUUAAUCACAAGAUGUGAUAGAAUACAUCUGUGCAUUCCAUUUAGAUCAUAAGAUCUGAUUAAGUAUAAUGAAUAUUUAUCUACCCAGCAAGCUGGUGAAAAAACCAUGCUGCCGUUCUGUUCAAGGUUGGUACAUAUAUCUUUGUUGGGUACAUAAAAGUACAAAAAAAAUAAUAUAUUUAGAUGCACAGACAUACCUAUACAUUUCAUACACUAUCCAAAGUAAACCUACUGACCAUGGAGAAUCAUUUCCAAAAAUACUAAGUUCCUUUUAUUCCACUUGUGUCUAAUCACUAAUGGUUAGUCUUCGAUCACUAAUGAUUAGUCCACUAAAGUUAAUGUGACUACAAAAUACAUGCCUUAAAGAGGAAUGUGUGAGACAGAGAGAGGAGGCUCUAUGUCAUGCUAUUUUUAUUGUUGCUUCUCUAUUAACCACCUUAUAGAAGAUGCUAGAAUUUAUGGCAGUAUUGUUCAAAUAUGGCUAAGUAUGUGACAAGACUCGUAGUUCUCCUAACAUAGGGAGAGUAAGGGACAGGAGACCCUCCCCUCUACUUUUAUUUCUAAAACGAGGAAGGGUGUGAAAUUCAGGUCUUUCAUCCCUCUUUAAGGAUUAUUUCAGCCUACAGUUGUCACAUUUUCAUGUAAUUGCAAUGAAUUGCAUGUCAUCAACUAGCAUGCCUAUUAUUUCAAACUAUCGUCAGCACCACUUUCCAGAAGAUUGAGGCCUGACAUCCAUCAAUGAAGAACAAGGUUAAUGUAGUUAUCUGUAGUGACUGUAGGGCCCCAGCCGGACCCUGAGCGUUCUUUGGCAAACUGGGUAGUCCAGUCCUGGUGGUAAUUCAAUCCUAGGUUGGUUCCUACUGUCCAGUCUCCUCUGUCUUUUAGUUUCUAUUCUUGCUUUUUUUCUUCCUCAAAAUUUAACCACCCGUCUUGACCUCAGCCCUCAUAUUUCGUGAUCUUUUCCCACUCUAGCAAUUAAAGUCCUCAAGCACAAUAAGCUUAUCUCGUUCUAGUGUUGAUAUCAUUAUUUGGCUUAAUUGGGUGUAGAAGGCUUCUUUGACUUCAUCAUCUGCAUCAAGAGUAGGUUCAUAAGCACUGAUUAGUGUAGCAUACUGGUUCUUAUCAAGCUGUAUCCUUAGAGUCAUUAGUCUCUCGUUGACUCCUACUGGUUGUUCUAUCUGCCUGCUAACAAGAUAAUUUCUGAUGGCAAAUCCAACACCAUGUAUCCUGGGCUGAUCUAGGCUUUUCCCUUCCAAUAAAAGGUGUAUUUUCUCUGUUCUUCUUUGAGUUGGCCCUCUCCUGACCACCUUGUUUCAGUUAGAGCUACUAUAUUGAAGUUGAACUACUUUAGUUCUCUGGCAACAAAGGCGGUUCUCCUUUCUGGUCUGUAUGUUUCUGUCAUGUUCAGUAGUAUCCUCACAUUCCAGUCUCUCAAUUUCAUUGUAUUAUGCUUUUCUUUCCUAUUGUUGUAAAGGUGGAUCCUCUGAGGGCAGCUCCCCAGGCAGACAAGUUCAAGACAACCACUUCUUUUAGGGCACCGUUUCUAGCCCCCUCCCCUCCUAGGGUUUGAGCAGUGUGGACCCUGAAGAGGGUUGUUUAGCCAGAACAUUGCUGCUGGACUCUUUCCUUGUCUCUGCCCAAAAACAUGAACAGCAUUAUAACGUUAUGUUCCCACUGCCUAUGCCAGUUCAUGACAGGUUCCCAGCCCCACAAGCCUGCCCUCAUUAUCAGUCCCUUGUCACUGACAGCCUUCUUAGGUGCAGAUGGCAAUGGUCAUGAUGACAGUGGCAGUGAAAGUGUGGACAGAUAUCAGACACCUGUAUCCACCAUGAAAAAACAGUCAAAAUCAUAGUAACUGCUACAUGCCUAUACUUGAGUUCUUGUCCAUUACUAUGGUUUUGUCAGAUGAAAAACAGUUUUAAUUAUGCUUGUGCUCAGAAACAUGUGCUUUCUCAUCCAGUAGUGCCACCCUUACCCUCCUUGGAACUUUGAAUUAUACAUACAGAUUUCUUAUGAUGCCCAAAACAUACACAAGUAAGAGUAUUAUACUGAGUAUUACAAAUUAGGACCCAGUAAUAAGGGAAUAUAUCAACAAACUAGCAUAAAUCAACUAACAAUAUCUGACCUCAAAGUUUAAGGUUUUGGGAGAAGGCAAGAUACUAUGCCACAAGCAUGGUGGGGGCACAUCCUUAGAUAAGUGGUAUGGCUUUUUGACUCAUAUACAGUGGGUACCAAAAAUACUGGGACCUAGCUUCAUUUUGGCAGGCAAAUGCUUUUAUUGUGCCAAAAUUCAUAUAAGCCAAUAUGACCAUGUAUCCUGGCAAGUCAGGAGCCCUUUACUGAGUAUUUGAGGGAUACUGGUUAACGGUAAGCUUUGUGCUUCACUGUUAAUGGUGUACCUAGGGUCAUACUGAUUACAUCUGAGGAUGUCAUGACUUGAAAAUUACUCUCAUCAGACCAGAGAACCUCCUGCCAGUCUGCCACUGACCAGUUCUGCUCUUUAGCGAAAGCAAAGUGCUUAUGCCGCAUGAUGCCAGUCAGCAGGGGUUUGCAUGCCACCACACAACUUGGUAUGUCAAGUUGAUGCUUGAGGCAAUGUUGGAUAGUGCAGAUUUUUGAGAUAUUUUGCUAUCAAGUUGAUGCUUGAGGCAGUGUUGGAUACUGCAAAUUCUUGAGAUUUUUUGGUAUCAGGUGAGGGUUUCAGUUCACAGCUAGCUUGAGAAGGCAGUCAGUGAGUGGUGUCAUCUUUUUUGUCCUUUCAGGACACUUUUCUUUAUAUUGGACUAAGGCAUUAGGUGGCAUCUCACACAUGGUAGCAAGCAUGCACAUGGUAGUGGACGUACCUCUCCCUGUCCUCCUCACUAUUUCCUUAAUUGGGACUUUCUCCUUCCAUAGAGCGAGAAUAUGGGCUUUUUUCUACAUCAGUUAUUUGCAUGGGAUCCAUCCUGACCUGAUGGGUUGGGUUUGAAGCUACAACAAAGAAGGCAGCAAAAAAUUAGUGGAGGGAGGGGGGAGAGAAAAAAAAUGAACAGGUGCAUAAACCUCCUCAUACCAUGCAUAGCCAGGCAAUGACAUGUUAGCCACCAUUCCUCAAAUAUUCAAUGUGGGUUCCUGAGUUGCCAGAUGCCAAUGCAUGGUGUCAUAUCAGCUUAUAUGAAUUUUGGCACAAUAAAAGAACAGAGCAGCACGUUUGCCUGCAGAAAUAAGGCUAGGUCCCAGUAUUUUCAGUGCCCAGUUCCAGUUAGAGUAAAAUCCUACCAUUACAGCAAGACACUUAAGUUAUAGAAUCCUGUGCUUCUCCAGGAUGUCAGUAUUUGUGUCGUAGUAUCUCAUGCUCUCUGAGAGAUCAGACGGCAUAUUGUAACUUGAUUUAUGCCAGUUUGCUGGCACAUUUCCUUAAUAUUGAGCCUUAAUUUGUAGUACUUACUAUAUUGGCCUCACUGGUGCAUAUCUCAGACAUCAAAUGAAAUCUAUACAUGGAAAUAUGUAUGUGUAACUCUAAACUUCAGGGCAGAACUACUUGAGAAAGCACACAUUUCUGUAAGCAAGCAUAGUGAAAACUAAACAUUUUUGUUGAUCAUAGCAACAAGUGAAAAAAAACUCCAGUGUUACCACAGUGGUGAAUAUGUUGUGAAAUAAUAGGCAUGCUAGUUGAUGACUCACUGUGAUUGUGUUGAGAUGUACCAGUUGUAACUGUGGUAUGUCUGGAUGAGAACAGUUGUCUGCUUCCAAAAUGUGGGGUGACAUCUGAAAUUGAAAGUGCUCACUAAUCACGGGAAACUAUUAAUUUGCUCAUGGCUUGCACUACAAGGCCUCAGCUACUUUCAUAAUCUUGUCACUGAUUGGUCCUUGGCUCAUUCAGCGUGUCUCCUACUGUCUCCACACUACAAAUUUUACUUCUCUUCCUGUACCUUCUAUACAUUAUGUGAAAUUGUUAAUCAUUGGACAAAAGAACAAUAAUAGAUUACAAAUACCCAUAUUGAAAUUACAUGAAAUCUGAGCUGAAAAUAUUUGUUGUUCUAUUCUGUAUAAAUAAAGUUCUCGUGAACAUGAUGAUUUUAGAUCAUGUGAAGAGAAAUUCUUCUGGCCAAUAAUCAAGAAAAAAAGGGAGAUACAAGGAAGAGAUGUGAAGAGGCCAGUGCCCAAAAUAAGGGGGAGACUGCAAUGAACCAAUCAGCAGCAAGGCUACAAAAAGUAGUUUAGGCUCCACUUGCAAGCAAUAAGUGAAUAGACUGUAGUCAGUAAUAUAUUAUUGUUUCAAAAAGUAUAUUCCACCAAAUCCAUGUUGAAGUGAUGGGUCCUGAAGGAAUGGCAGUCCUACAAAAGAAAUGGCAGUCCUACAAAAGAAGCACUAAUACUGAGUGUGGAUAAAUCUGUCUUGAAUCUUAAUCAGGUAAAAUAAAACUGAUGCAAGAGAUACAUAUUUAUAUUCAAAUUACUGGAUUCUCAUUACUUUACUCAGUGGGCUCCCUAAGAUUUGAGCUUAUUUUAUGAACUUUUAAUUUACCUGCUUACCGGUAACUGACAGUUCUGUUUGUUAUAGGAUAUGAAAAGUUUUUGUUUUUAAUUUCUCAUCUGAAAGGAAACUAAAUCAAGAAAAUACCUUGAAAAGUUGAUGAAACCAGGUUGAUUAAACAAUUAUGUAUAAAUAUUAACAAACAAAACAGUAUUUAAAUAUUAGGAAACAAAACAGUAUUGUGUACAAAAUGUAACACUGAUUAAAACUAAAUGAAAC